AACAACAACAACACGGAAAUGGAGACUGUACAGCAGCCCUUUUAUUCUUAUAUAAGAGAAAAAUGGACGAAGAAAACGGUACCUUUCAGCUGAACAAGGAGAAACAACUGCCUAAAUCGAUUAUCAUCUGUGCUCUUAUAAUAAACUUGCACUGCGCCCUGCCAGCACCGACUCGUAGGCUAGACUAUACACUCACGGCAUUAAUAAAUUAAACAAAACUUUUCAGACUUAUUGGCCUGCGUAAUGCAAUGAAAAGAUAAGGUAUUUUUCAAAUGACCUUUAGUUAUUUGUUAAUAUUCAGAUAUAAGUACAGGCACACUACUAGUUAUUAUAUAUAGGAUGUGUAGCAACAUUCCCACACGUCGCUUGUUUUACUUGUUUAUCCAUUUUUAAAUUAUUUCUCAUUUUAUUAUUAUCUGAAAAUGGCCGAACGCCAUUACGGAAGGGCGGGGCGUUUGAAUGAAUUUCGACUCGUAUUAUACACCAAAAAACAUAACAAAACAGGUUUAGUCCAGCAUCUCAUAUUUGCCGCCCGAGAUGUGCCUGUGCAUGUAUGGCUACAGUUCAUGUAGUCCAACAUAAAUCGACUCUGUUUCCUGGAAGUUCCAUUUUAACUUGAAUCCAAAAGUUUUGAAUUACACGCAGCCAUUAAAAGACUUUAACAGUUACAACAGCAGGGCUCUGUGCAGGUCUAAUGGACGGCUGACUGACACCUUCUGUUUCUUUUCUCUUUCUAAAUGGCCGACUGGAUUAUUGUAAAAAACGUUGGCAGGUCUAAUAAGUCUACCAGCAGAUGAUCUAAUAUUCCAUGCCAUAAUUCUUCUUAAAAACAGUUGCGACAUACGAGUAAGAGAUUAAGGAAAGCGGACCUUAUUUUAUUGGUGUGCACCCGGAACCUGGUCGGCGAUCAAAAGGACAUUGAACUUGACACUUGGCAGCAUAAAAUCAACAAUCGGAGAAAACAAGUGGUAAAGAUGCGGGAUGCAAAACGGCCAACAAAUCCGUGCGCUUGUUGUAUAUUUACAUUCCCCAAAGCCAAUAAUUGCACGGCUCCUAACCAGGUGUUGGUGGUGAAACAGCUGUCACGACCGCACUCACGUGCUCCGAUACAAUUUUACCCAUAGACAAUCGAGGCUCUAUAUAUUUAAAAGACGACCGAUACGUUUCAAUCAGUCGUCCGAUCGUUGGUGUAGCAGAAAAAUGGGUCCAGCAAUCGUCGUUGUUAUUCUUUUUGUUUCGCUGUCGCUACCGCAAACUGGCCAGGCCUCCUCCUUUCUCAACGGGAGUAAAGUGGCGUGCGGCAAGAGUCGAUUGUUGACGGCUGCGGCCACGGCCAAGAUCGUCGGCGGAGUGCCGGCCGACUGGGGUCAACUUCCGUUCGUCGUCGCCCUGGAAUCUCCUCGCGGCCAACAAUUGUGCGGAGCGGCGAUCCUGAACGAGCGCUGGCUGGCCACGGCCGCCCACUGUAUCGGCAGCAACAAAGCGCAUCAGAUCGUGGCCAUCGCCGGUUCACUGGAUCCGUCGGCUUCGUCCAACGCGUCCAACCGUCAAGUGUCGGAGGGCGCCGAGGUUCGAUUGGCUCCCGGCUACGCUGAAGGAACGCAACUCGAUUUGGCUUUGAUCCGCCUCAAACGACCGUUCAAGUGGCGAAACGGAAUCGUCGAGCCCGUCUGUUUGCCCAGUCUCAAUGUCAACACUCGUCAGCAGGCAAACCAAACAGUCGAUGAACGAGAGGAUCGGGCGGCAAUGGAUCAGCUGGGCACAGUGGCCGGUUGGGGAUGGAACGACGAGGAAGGUGUCAACAUGAGCAGCAAAUUGCAUCGAGUCCAGGUGCCAUUGAUGAGCCGGGCUGAAUGCGAAAAACGUUUCCUCACGGCCGGUUACGCCAUUCCAAUCGACAAGACCAAAAUUUGCGCCGGAUGGCCGCAAGGCGGUCAAGACGCCUGUCAGGGCGACAGUGGCGGGCCUUUGGUGGUGGCCCAGGAUGGCGUCUUUGUCUUAACAGGUGUCGUCUCUGGCGGAAUAGGUUGCGCUCGGCCAGGCCUUCCUGGAUUGUAUACUAACGUGGCCACCUUCCUCCCAUGGAUCCUGGACAUCAUCAAAAAGCGGAAGUAGCCUUUUUUCUUUCUUUGAGACUUUAAAAAGAGAGAAAAUACACGAGACUUUGUUC